AUCUAUGCCUGCUCACGCACUUUCACACUAGCGGCUAUCUUGGCUAUUGUGUUGGGCUAUAUUAGCUACGACGAUUGGUUUAUUUGUUGGGGGAAAAAAGAGCGGGUUAAGUGUUAACGAAAUGAUUCGACCAUUUGUUUAUAGAAAUUUAGUCAAUAAUCGAUUGUUGAGCUGUUCGUUCUCCAGAAUGUCAUCUCAACUGGUCAAAGUUCAAGUUAAACAAGGUAUUAUAAUUGGCCAACAAAAAAAUUUGCCCAAUGGCAAUAAAUAUGAAAGUUUUCAGGGGAUCCCUUAUGCAGUCCCACCUAUUGGUGAAUUGAGAUUUAGGUCUCCCUUACCAUUGGAACAAUUCGAUGUACCAGAAUUAGAUUGUCUGAAAGAAGGCGACGUUUCCCACCAUCGUGAUCCUUUCACAGGCGAACUUAUUGGUUCCGAAAACUGUCUCUUCUUAAAUGUUUAUGUGCCCAAAGGAAAGACAUAUGCCGAAAAACCUUUACCAGUAAUGGUGUGGAUCCAUGGAGGUGGAUUUACAUUUGGAAAUGGCAAUAGUGACUAUUAUUUGCCCUUGUCUUUAAUGCAGGAAGAUGUUAUUGUGGUAACUUUCAACUAUCGCCUAGGAGCACUUGGCUUUUUAUAUCUGCCUGAAGAAGGCAUUUGGGGUAAUGCUGGCUUGAAGGAUCAGCGCCUAGCCCUGGAGUGGGUAAAUGAAAAUAUUCAUCGUUUUAAUGGGGAUCCCAACAAUGUGACCCUAUUUGGAGAAUCCGCUGGUGCUGCUUCGGUUCAUUUACAUAUGUGUUCAAAACAUGCCCAUAAACUCUUUCACAAGACAAUAAUGCAGAGUGGCACAGCCAACAUGGAAUGGGUGUUCCAAACAAACCCAGUCUACAAAACACGAAAGCUGGCCGAAGAUUUGGGUUACAAAGAAACAAGCAAUACCAAGGGGCUUUUGAAAUUUUUACAGUCACCUGAAGUUACCGAUGCACACAUACUAUCCAAGAUGUUGGGUGUACUAACGCGCGAAGAAAGAAGACGUGAACUGCCUUUGCCAUUUAAACCUGUGAUCGAAGAUAGCCAAAGUCCCGAUAGUUUCCUAGAUCAACCAAUAUUGGAGAAACUCAAAAAUCAGCCAAAUAGCAUCGCCAUACCCUCCAUAAUGGGAUACAAUUCUGCAGAGGGUAUAGGCAUGAUGAUAAAUGCAUUAAGAAAACUAGAGGAAUAUGAUCGCGAUUUUAAACGCAUGGUUCCGCGCAAUAUACCAUUGGACCCCUAUCAUGCAGAUGUAGAAGAGAUAGGCAAACAAAUGCGUGACUUCUAUUUGAAUGGCCGUCCCUUGACCCUCAAAAUGUUAAACGAAUUGGCAAACAUUUUAACAGACUAUCACUUCUCCGUUGAUAUGCAAAAUGCGGCUAAAUGGCAGACGCUAUUGCAGCCCCAGGCCCCUGUGUAUUUCUAUCAAUUCGAUUAUGUGGGCGGUCGUAAUUUGUAUAAGGUUAUGCUGCAAUUGGAUAAGCUGAGAGGUGCCUCACAUGGUGAUGAAUUGUUUUAUCUCUUUCAAAUGGCUGGCAACAAUGAUAUGGGAAGUGCAGAAGAUCAAAGGAUAACCAAACAAUUGAGUUAUUUGUGGGCAAAUUUUGCUAAAUACAGCAACCCUACUCCCAGUAAUCUGGAAAUGGAUGCCUCUAUCAGCUGUAAAUGGCAGCCUGUAAGGAAACCCCCCUCGGAACAAGAACCAUUUAUACUAGAUUAUUUAUCGAUUGAAAACAGUGGAUGUCACAUGAAAACUAAUCCCGAUAAGGAGAGAAUUGAAUUCUGGCGCAAUAUUUAUCAGAAAUUUUCUCAGCCUCUGGAUUACUCAAGGAUAAGUGCAAAAUUGUAAAAUCAUAGAAAAAUAUUUACGUAAAACCCCGUUUGCACUGCUCCUUAAAUCCGGAUUUAAUGGCUCCAUCAAUUGUUUUCCCUUAAAUCCGGAUUUAAUGAGCAGUGUAAACGGGGUUUAAAAAUAAAAAAUACACUAAGUUGCAUUUGUUUUAAAAGUAUAA